CCUCCCUCCCCCCUCAUCUUUCUCUCUGAAUCUCUUUCUCUUCAAGGAAUCAAGGCUCGAGCUCGUUUCUUCUCUCUUUCAAUGGCGACUGCGGUGGUCACUGCUCUACUGGCAAACGUCUCUGUGUUGAAUGCGAUCUUAGUAACAAUUAAUACGAGGCAUGCUGAGGCAGCCCAAGCUUAUGCUAAAGCUCCUGCUGCCCAGGUUGCUGCUCCAGGCGCACGUGCUGCUCCAACCGCACUCGUCAUGCCUAGCACAGAUGCUGCUUGCAAGUCUGUUGGUUCAUAACAAGUUGCUUUUUGCUUAUAUAUAUGAGUCUUAUUUUAAGUCUAGAGGAUGGAUUAUGUUUAGAUAUUGAGAGUUUAUUUACUAUGGCAUUGUUGAAUUAUUGCUUUCUAUGGUAUAUAUAUACAAAUACAAUUAUAUUCGCUUCUUCUGCACUCAUGAAAGUAGUGUUCGUUGAACUAUUGAUCGAUCGAUGACCAAUUUGCAUAUUUGACCAAAGUUCCAAUUAGAUGUUCAUUUUUUUAUAGUGUGUUGUUAAAAAUCUUGUUGAGGAAAACUUUAAAAACAUUAAAUUAUUAUAGGAACU